UUUCCGCCUUCAAAUAGCAGGAGGCCUGGACACCCGGCCAGGCCCGUCGAGCUCGAGGGUUCUUCAGAGAGAGGUUUUCUUAGGCCAACUACUCCCCCCAGCCAUGUCCAAGCAUCCAAAGCUUCUCCUGCUUCCAUGCCUACUCUCCCUCGCCAUCCUCCUCCGCCCCUCCACCGCUGAUGUCGGCACUGUUGCAUACUAUGGCCCGCCCUACCUUCCUACGGUUUGUUAUGGUCGCGACCAGGAGCAGUUCCCGGCUAGUGGCCUAUUUGCCGCGGCUGGUGAAGGGAUAUGGGAUAAUGGUGCAUCUUGUGGAAGGCAGUACCUGGUGAGAUGCCUCAGCUCGGCAACACCCAAUGCAUGCAUUAAGAACCAGACUAUUCAAGUGAAAGUUCUCGACCGGGGGAAAAUGCUGAAUUCAAUGCCAUCCAAGAAUGGCACCACCAUGGUCCUGUCAAAUGCUGCCUUUCGGAUGAUAGCAAGCCAAGCAGCUAGGGUAAUUAACGUCGAAUUCAGACAGGUCUGACCCAGUGACAGAGAUUCCAAGAAGGAAUGGCAAAGCCCCACCCUCUAAUAUCCCAAUUGUCAAGGAAAUUUCUUAAAUUUGCCAUUUAAUAUUUUCCUGUGGCUGUUGAGAUAACUGACUGAAUAAGGCCAUCCUCAGGAAGAUCAUGUGUGUGCAUGAAAAUGGAGGAGAAAUGACAAAAAAAACAAAGGGGUUUAUUACUGAAAAGUUGAUUCAUCAGCCUGCUUGAAAGCCCUCAUUUUUAUG